GAUGAAAAAAAGUUUUGACAUAAGGAAUCACACCUUGUUUGAUGAUCUCCCAAUGAUGUCUAUAGAAUCCUGCAUUCAUACCAUCAGGCCCUGGAGAUUUAUCAGGAUUUAUAGAAAAAGCAGCAGCUUCAAUCUCCUUCUCUGUGACUUGAGCAGUUAAUUUUGUAUUUAUUUCCUCCGAAAUGGUUGAUAUUAUGUUAACAGAAUAGAUUCCAGUUUCAUCAAUUGGGAAUUUUUAAUGUAAGAUACAAAAAAAAAGAACAUAUCUCUCGACUGGUGAGAUGAUAAUUUAAAAAAAAAAGAAAUCGAAAGUCUACGCUUAACAGAAGAGAAAAGAAAACGGGUGAGACAGGGAGGGAGGAGGAAGAAGAAGAAGAAAUGAGGAGGCUGGGCGGAGUAGAAGACGAGGAGAAGUGGCUGGCGGAAGGAAUCGCGGGAAUCCAGCACAACGCUUUCUUCAUGCAUCGCGCCUUGGACGCGAACAAUCUCAGAGAAGUCCUCAAGUACUCCGCGCUCAUGCUAUCUGAGCUCCGCACCUCCAACCUCUCUCCUCAGAAAUACUACGAUCUCUAUAUGCGAGCUUUCGAUCAGUUGAGGCAGUUGGAGAUUUUCUUGAGGGAUGAGAGCAGGCAUGGCUUACCUGUGGUUGAUUUGUAUGAGCUUGUUCAACAUGCCGGCAACAUUUUUGAUCAUCUGAUUGUCUCAAUUAUUAGCUAUAGAUUAGGACCACUACAGUAUCUGCUAUGUACGGUAGGGUCUGUUUAUAUCAAAAGCAAGCAGGCUCCUUCUAAGGAUGUUCUUAAGGAUCUCGUGGAGAUGUGCCGAGGUGUUCAACAUCCUAUUCGUGGGCUCUUUCUGAGGAGUUAUCUUGCCCAAGUGAGCAGGGAUAAGUUACCUGAGAUUGGUUCAGACUACCAAGGAGAUGCAAAUACUGUGAUGGAUGCUGUGGAGUUUGUGCUACAAAAUUUCACUGAGAUGAAUAAGCUCUGGGUUCGAAUUCAGCAUCAGGGACCUGGAACAGUUCGAGAGAAGCAAGAGAAAGAGAGGAACGAACUUCGUGAUCUUGUUGGGAAAAAUUUGCACGUUCUAGGACAAAUAGAAGGUGUUCACCUUGAGAUGUACAAAGAGACUGUUCUUCCAAGGAUCUUAGAGCAGGUCGUCAACUGUAAAGAUGAUUUUGCUCAGUAUUAUCUGAUGGAGUGCAUAAUUCAAGUCUUUCCUGAUGAGUAUCACUUGCAGACUCUUGAGACACUUUUGGCUGCUUGUACUCAACUGAUGCCAACAGUGGACACCAAGAUAGUGUUAACUCAACUGAUGGACCGGCUGUCAAACUAUGCUGUCUCAAGUCCAGAUGUUUUACACGAAUUUUUGCAAGUGGAAGCUUUUGCUAAACUGAACAAUGCAAUUGGAAAGGUGAUAGAUACACAGAUUGAGAUGCCUAUUGUUGGAGCUAUGACGCUGUUUGUCUCUCUUCUGACUUUUGCACUCCGGGUUCAUCCUGAUCGGCUCGACUAUGUGGAUCAAGUAUUGGGCGCAUGUGUAGUUAAACUUUCCAGUGGGCCCAAGCUGGAGGACGCCCGUGCAAUGAAACAAGUUGUUGCACUUCUGAGUGCUCCUUUAGAAAAAUACAAUGACAAAGUUACAGCUCUUACACUAUCAAAUUAUCCACGAGUCAUGGACCAUCUUGAUGAUGGAACGAAUAAAGUAAUGGCAAUGCUUAUAAUUCAGAGUAUAAUGAAAAACAACUCGUGUAUUUCAACUGCUGAUAAGGUUGAGGUGUUGUUUGAAGUGAUAAAAGGACUUAUAAAGGAUUUGGAUGGAAACGCUACAGAGGAGCUUGAAGAAGAGGAUUUCCAGGAGGAACAAAAUUCAGUAGCCCGACUGAUAAAUAUGCUUGAUAAUGAAGAACCGGAGGAGAUGCUAAAGAUUAUAUGUGUUGUGAGAAAGCAUCUUAUGACAGGAGGAACUAGACGCCUGCCUUUUACCAUUCCCCCGCUUAUUUUUUCUGCUCUCAGGUUGGUCAGGCAGCUAGAAUCCCAGGGUGGAGAUAUAACUGGAGAAGAUCUCCCAGCAACCCCGAGGAAUAUUUUUCAGAUUCUCAACCAGACAAUCGAGGUUCUUUCGUCAGUUCCAUGUCCUGAACUCGCUUUAAGGCUCUACCUCCAGUGCGCUGAGGCCGCAAGUGAUUGUGAUCUUGAGCCUGUUGCUUAUGAGUUUUUCACUCAAGCAUUUAUAUUAUACGAGGAAGAAAUCGCGGACUCCGAGGCACAGGUCACUGCAAUUCACCUGAUUGUUGGAACCUUGCAAAGGAUCAAUGUCUUUGGUGUCGAAAACAGAGACACCUUGACACAUAAAGCAACCGGGUACUCAGCAAGGCUUUUAAAGAAGCCUGAUCAGUGUCGAGCGGUUUAUGCAUGUUCUCACCUCUUCUGGGUCGAUGAUCUAGAUGGCAUAAAAGAUGGAGAAAGAGCUCUUCUAUGUUUAAGACGUGCACUGAGGAUAGCAAACGCAGCCCAACAAAUGGCUAAUGCAACCCGAGGCAGCAGCGGACCAGUCACGCUGUUUGUCGAAAUCUUGAACAAGUACAUAUAUGUUUAUGAGAAAGGGAAUCCACAUAUAACCCCAUCUGAUAUACAGUCUCUGAUAGAGUUGAUCAACACGGAGAUGCAAAGCGACAACAACGGUAACACAAGAACCCACUCAGAUCCUUUCUUUACAAGCACAUUGCGUUACAUGAGGUUCCAAAAACAGAAAGGUGGCUUGAUGGGUGACAAAUAUGAACUCAUCAAGUUGUGACUUGUAUCCUCCACAGUCUUGAAAUCAAAUCCAUAGACCUAAACCUCCUUUUGUUUUUUUUUAUGGAAGUUCAGAAGAAAUGGUUGUCAACAUUGAAAAGUAUGUGUACACGUUUGGUUUCUUUUGGGGUCCAUAACAAACUUCUGUAAUUUUUUAGUCUCUUUUGCUACUAAUACUCUAAUCUCUAUUGUGUAUAGAAAAUCCUCGUUUUCAAUC